UCCUCUGCGUUGAAUAUCGUAGUUGCUUGUUGGACUGUUAGUUCUGUACGUUGAUUUUUGGAAGCUGAAAAUAUUAUCAUUUUUACAGUAGCCAUAGAAUAUGAAAAACAUGAACAAAACUAAAAAAUGAUAUACGUUACAGUGUUAUAUUAUUGUGCUAAUACGUUGUUAGCAUUGGCUUUCGGUGAAACGAUCGAGGUUUUCAAGGAAAAAAAUGUACCGUUGCAUAUACUACGGGCUAUGGAUAUAACGAGUAUUACGAGGUGAAUAAAAGUUGGGUGCGCUGUGAUGGUAGUUGCUUUUUUAUGACAUUUUAUGCGCAAGGACCGAGCGAUGCACAUAUCUCGCUGACAACGGACAGGGGCAAAAAAGGAAAAUAUGAAAUAGUUAUUGGAGUUGACGGAAAUCGUUAUUCUGCGAUACGGAAGUUAAACGAAUCUUCAAAUUAUUAUGAUCAAAACGUGGCCUUAAGUUCUAUGCUUGUUCUCGACGACGAAAGACUUACCGGUUUUUGGAUUCAAGUGUUUCGAAAUGGAACAUUCAACACUGGCAAGCUCGGCGACUCCAUACCUCUUAUGACUUGGACGGAUCCAUCGCCAAUAACGAUUAAUUAUUUCAGUUUUGCCUGUUGGAACAAUAAAGUUGUUAAAUGGCUCUUUAACUGUUAUCCAAACCCAGAUUCUGACAAAACUGACAAUCAGACAGUAGCGGAUCCAGGAGUUGUCCAAGGGCGGCGUGAAUUUUUAUUUUUAGACAAAACUGUCAAUCAGACGACCUUUCUUACACCCAUCGAACGCCUUAGAAAAGACAUUCUAAAAAAUGGCAGUCAUUUCAGUAACAGACCAUCGACGGAUGAAAAAACUGAAACUUUGGAUGUAACCAUAACUUUCGAUUUUCAGUAUAUAUAUUUGGACGUUAUGACAUCGAAACUUAAUAUCAUAGGAUUCGCCACACUUGAGUGGACGAACAGUAGGCUUAGCUGGGAUCCUAAAGCCUAUCACAACAUAUCUAAACUUCAUUUUUCUCAUUCUGAAUUGAGGCGGCCCGAAUUGGUGUUACAAAAUUCUUUCGCACCUUCGGUAAACAUAUUUUCUAAAGCCAAAAUUUUGGUAAAUAGUAAUGGCAAAAUAAUCUGGCGACCAGCUUUUCGUGUACUGACUACAUGCAAUAUCGACUUGCGGUUUUGGCCGUGGGACGUGCAACAUUGCACUAUACCGUUAAGUACUAGGUCGCAGAAUACAUUGAAUGUGCACUACGAGGCAAAUCAAAAUUACAAAACCGCGUGCCCUAAUGUAGUGCAUUCCGGCUGGAAAAUCACCCAAUUCCGAAGCUCAUACAUGGAAGAAAAUACACCACGGAACGAUGACAUGAACUGUGCACUGGACGUCAACACUAACAAUAUUUCGCUUCAACUCGAAAUCGAAUUAUCGAGAAACGCAAACAGCUUGAGGAAGCUAUUUCACACUCCUUUAAUAUUAAUAAGCUCAGUGUGGUUGUCAUCAUUUUUCGUUUGGUCCAAAUCCAAUUUAAAGUUCAAAAUCAUUUUUAUGUCAAUAAUUAUUUUGACUUUUGUAAUUGUAACCAUAGGGAUCUACGUACCAGUUGAAGUGCAGGACCCGCCGAUACUGUUUGAGGGGUAUCUAAAUAUGGUGUUGAUUAUUUCAAUUGACGCUUUCACGUCAUCGAUUUUCAUAGCGCUUCGUAAUCACAAAAAAACAAAAACUGAACUUCCUUCAUUCAAGUUGAUGCGGUUCUUGACAACACCUUUUGUCGCCAAAUUAUUUUUACUGCCAAAAUUGGAAUCGCUUGGCGUUUACAGUGAGUUGCCAGACGCAGAACAGCCGACCACCAUGUGGGAUAUCGUUUUUGCGGCAGCACAAAGAAUAUUAUUUUUGUUUUAUUUUACAAUCACUGCACUAAUAUUGACAUUAUAUUAAAAUUCGUUGAAAACCUAUGGGGGAAAAUAUCUGUAAAUAAAUUUAAAAAAAUUAAAGGUAUUUU